UCCAUGCGGAUGCUCCGCGAAGAAAUAACGUGCGUGUUGCCAUUGCUUCGAAAGGAUUAGAAACUGGGCAGUGGAUCUAUCUAUCUAUCUACCAUUGGGAAUCAGUGGUGGUGUUGUUGCUGUGGGUGCUCAGCCCCAAUGAACAGCUACACACAGCAAUGGCUGAAUCGAUCACCACUUUGGACUUGGAGGACAUUCGCAAUAACUUGCCCACGCCAUCCUUUGACAGGAAUCACGGCUGCUACUUCAACCUAUCAAAGCCUCAACUCGACCAUCACUCCCACCCAUAUGACUCGCAACACCUCGGAUCAUCAUUCUACGGGCCAAGGCAAUUGGAAGAGGGCUCGAAUUUUAUGGAUUCCAAUGUACUCUUUGCCAUGGAUUCUGCCACCGAAGGUUAUGACCACUCAUCCAAUCCUUUGAGUGUGGGUCAGACCUCCCAAGAGUCCAGCCGCAAGAGUGACAGUUACAAUUUGGAUCUCGAUCCUGAGCUAGAGCGCAUUUUGGAAACCGACCCUUCGUGUCUGAAAGAUAUCAAGAGCAAAAGUUUUCAGUUUGGUUCAAAUGUCAACAGAAAAGCGUCCGAGUUCGAGGACACGGACUCAUUCGCCGCCCAAGACCUACUAUUCACCCCGCAUUGGUCCAGCCUUUCCCAAGAGACCCCUGAGCCCCCGUCUGAUGGGUUUCCAACCGUUCCAACCGCCAAGCCGUACCGUUCAAUAUCCAACCACCAUGGGGAUAAGAUUGUGAAACAUCCUAAUGUGGUUGAAAGCGUGCGGGUUCGAGCUUUAUUGGACCAAAGGCCGCCAUCAUUUAAAGAGCUGACCUUGACUUCACGAACACAAGCUCGUCAAAUGCUUGAUCGCGAACUAUGUCUGCAACAGCCAGGUCGAGAGCUCAGCAGCCAAUCAUGUCAAGAGAAGACUUCUGACAGCAGACCGCGGGGACAAGCUUCUCACAGACAGAAUCAAGACGGGGAAGAGAAUGGCUUGUCAAGGGCCAUUCCAGGUUCCCACUCAAUUGGUCCUCAUGGCUCCAAGAGCGAUCAUGGGACUGAUGAAGUGGUUGGUCAGGUACCACCCAAUGUGUUCAAGGUCCAGACCAGGCUUCAAAACCCGACCAAAUAUCAUAUGCAGGAGUCCCAAAAACGCCAGGUACGUGAGUACUUGGCGUAUUCACCCAAAGCGAAUGCCAACCUUUUACGACCGCCCAAUGUCAACCAUCACGCCUUUUCCGCCCCCGAUCAGUCAGUUGAUUGCAUGGAGACUUGUCUAAGUCGGCCUUUAUAUGGACCCUCGAGCGCCCCAGCAAGACCCUGUGAUGGAUCAGAUUCUUCCAUCAAUAACCAACUUGGCCAGGAGCCAUCGUCGUCUCAAUACUCCGACUCCACACAACCCGAGCCCGCCACGGGCGAUCAAUUCCUGGAUGAGUUCCUCAGCAACGAUGCCUCCUUAGACGACGGGGCUGUGCCGGAUAUCAAAGUCAUUGAUUCCAGCAUAAACAUGACGGCCAAUGAGGUGAAUACCAACACCUUGCUGGACUUUUUCAGUCAGUUGAACAAAUCCCCACACAAAACAAAUUUGAAUGGAACCGUUCUGGAACGGAUCAAUGUGAAAGAGGAACCACUUUCCGAGGAGGAUCUCCGUGCCUUGCAAAAGGACCGACAAAAAAAGGACAACCAUAACAUGAUUGAAAGACGAAGACGAUUUAAUAUCAAUGAUCGCAUCAAGGAGCUGGGAACCCUCUUACCCAAGCAGCAGGACCAGUAUUAUGAUGUUGUUCGCGAUGUCCGACAAAACAAGGGUUCAAUAUUGAAGGCUUCAGUGGAUUAUAUUCGAAAGUUAAAAGUGGAUCAACAAAAAAGGAAACUUUUGGAGGAGAAAGUCCGAAUCCAGGACAUUCAGAAUAAAAGGCUCGUCCUGAAACUUCAGGAAUACGAGGGUCAAAUGAAAGCCUAUGGCAUCCCGGUACAAAGUCUCAAUGAGGCGUUAUUCACUGUCAACGAAAAGGCCUUCCCGAGAAAUGUCACGAGCGUGUCGUCAUCGUCGCCUUCCUCUUCUUCCACGGCCUCACAGUCGGUUCAAACUCAGGCUUUACUCCUAUCCUCCACAUCAUCUUCCUUCAUCAAAGAGGAGCCUUCACCUACUCACGAUCUGGAUUCCUGUCAACUCUCAGCCAGCUCCUUACAAGACUUCAUGGACGACGAUUGCGAGGGACCUGUGUCGAAUGGCGACCCCAUGCUUUCAUCCCCUCACCUCUCACCCCAAGGGGUGAUCGCUUCGCCCGCAUCCUCAUCCCAUUAUUCGACGGGCAAUGGAGACGACAGUGGGGCGCUAUCUCCAGAUUCCAUGGAGUUAACUUCGGCCUGACAGUCCGCCCCCAACGAGUCGGAUCAGCAACACUUUCCGGGACAGU